AUGUCGCUGAGAAGUGAAUAUUCAGGUGGAUCAUUUAAUUCAUCAAAUACCCAAAAGAGUCAAAUAGCAACAAGUACGACCUCAACCACCAGCCACAACAGUAACUAUGACUCCCUAAGAAAAUUCGGCCAUGUGCGAACACCAUGUUUGCGGAAAUCGGUGGUUUUGGAUGGUUCUAACGACAAAAGUAAUCCUAAUAAUUGGACCAUGCCGGAUAAAGCCAGUUCUGGCAAAGGAGACGGCGAACACUUGGGAGAUACAUCUCUAUACGAAGACAUGGGUCAAUUAACUAUUUCUGGAAACGAUGAUCUGGUUGUAAGGAAUGGUGACAAGCAAAAAAAAUAUCAAAGCAUGGAUCAAAAAGCGGCGAUUUCCGUAUUAGAUCGUGUUCUUUUAAGAAGAAGACAAAUUCGAGAAACGGCAGCUGGAAAGCAGCAGAAGACCAAUCAAGACAAAAAGAAGCUGCCAUUGCAUGAUUCAUCAAAUGGAAAAGAGUCCGGUCACAUUGGGGGAAUUUCCGCUGGCGAAAAUUCAAAUAAUGCAAGUCUGUCAAAUGAACAAACAGCUUACGGACGAGCAACAGAGGAGUUACAGAGAUUACGAACACAGGUGACGGAUUAUCAGGUGCAGUUAAAGCUUCAGAGUGAUUUCAUAAGGCAUCUGAUGGAUUCUGAAGGGUUCGAAGAUGGAGAAAUAAGUGGGCCGGGAGAAAUUGAGGAUUUAAGUAGUGAUUCGAGCUCGAUGAAAUUGUUGGAAAGCAUGCUAAGUGAAAUUUCAGAGUGGAUAGAUGACAGUUUUGGCGAUCUUGUUGCGAAAGUCUCGCCAGAGCAGCUAGCUGAAUUCGAUAAGAGUGAUGAUUUACGUGAAAAGCUUGUUAUUGCAAGAUCGAACUUUUCGGAUUCGUUGGAGAGAUGUGAAAUGCAAAUGAAGAAGCUUGCCGAUUUGGGAAGUACUGCAAAGGAGAUGCAGAAGCAGUUGGAGGAUGAUGUGGGCAUGUUGAAAGAUCAAGGAGUGAAGAUAUCUGGGCUUGAGAGUUCGUUGAGUAAGUAUAAAACGAUUCAAGGGGAUUUGGUCAAACUUCGACAGUCGUACGAACAAUUACAACUAAAACUGUUGAAGGCAGAGACGGAGAAGCAGAGAUUGGAAAAGGAGAAAAAGGAAAUUGCGGGACGGGGAUCGGACAUUCGGAAUUCGCAGAACGGAGAUUUGCAGCAGCAACGGGAAGAUGUUGAACGAAAGCAGAAGCAAAUUGACCAGCAGCAAGAGGAAAUAGAUCAACAACAGCAAGAAAAUUUCCGACAGCAGGAGAAAAUAGAUCUACAGCAACAAGAAAAUGUCCGACAACAAGAGAAAAUCAACGUUCAGCGGGAGAAAAUUGCCUCGUUGGAGUCGGAGUUGCGGGCAAAGGAGGCGGAGAUCGACGAGAUGAGCAAGAAAGUGGAAGCUGCAACCGGUGAAAUGUCGAAUUUGCGGAAUCAGGUGCGGUCCUUGAAGAAGCAGGCAUCGGGUUUGGCACAAAGACCAUCAAAAAACUUAGAAACACGUAAUAUCGGCCGUCAAGUGGCCUCGUUACCCGGAACUCCGAUCAGGAGGAUGCUUGGUGAAACGAAAGAUGAGUCUCAGGCAGACCUUGCAGUACACAUAAACUUCCAAACUCAUGCUUUGCGAAUUCUCAGCCGAUUGUUAGAUAGGAGAUCCAUAAGAGAGGCAGCAGGAAAAGUGCUUCAGUUGGCAAAUAGAAACAGAUUACAGCUUCCAGAGACGUCUGUGCGGCAGCUCCGCACUGCAGUUGAUGAGUACUUGCUUGCUGGUAUAGACACAGUUGUGCAAAGUAGACUCGAGUUGGCUCAUGGCCAGUCGAUUGACGCGUCUCAAAAGUCGGAGGUGUCCUCUGCAAACGAUCGUCCAUCUUCGACGGGUCCCGACAACAAAACUGUACGUUUGCGUUUGGAUGAGCUUACCAGGCGUUGGAAAGCGGCCGAAGAGGCACUUGGAUUUGAGCGUAAGCAGAGUCAGCGGCGGUUGGAUGAAUUGGAUAUGGAAAAUGAUCGCUUAAAGAGUCAAAUUAAGGAACUUGAGGAUCGCCAUUAG